AUUAACAAAAAUGAAUCUUUAAUACAUAUUUUAAUUAUUAGAAGUAUAAUAUCUAUCUGACAUUUGAAAUUUAACUAAUAGUUAAUUUAUUAAUUAGUUAUUUGUAUGGUAUUUACAUAUAUCAAUUUUAAAUUAGAUUUUUAAUGAUAACUAAAUUUUAAACAAAUUAAUAGAAAAUAAAACAGUUGAAUCUAAAAAUGAAUAAAAAGAAAUACAAGAAAGAUAGUGAAGUUAAACAUUUGAUGUUGAAUGAUGACAAGGAAGCUAUUUUGAAACUGAUAGAUGAAUUAUUAGAUGUUUUGGUUGAGCAAUUAGAGGGGUUAAUUACUCUUAAAAUUAAAAAUAUUUCUGCAUUACUAUAUAAUUGUACGACAAAUUUCAUAUGCUUCAAAGUAGUUUAUACAAAAUAUAUAAACACAUAUAAUUCACAGCCCUUUUAACCAAAUUAUUUAGCUACUAGCAUGAUGUCAAAUUCUCCAUCAUUCAAAGAACAAUGGGCACUUCACUUAGUAAUUGUAGAUUUACUAUCUAAAAUUAAUCAAUUAGAAGUGAACUUAAAAUUAAAGCCUUUAUCUGAGAGGAAUGACUCAUCAAUUGAAAAGUUAACUAAAUGGGCAACAAAAUAUGGUGCUGUAUUAAAUGGUGUCGAAGUCCAACUGCUUAAUGAGGGUGUUUAUGGAAUGAAAGCUAAACAAGGUCUUAAAACUGGAGAUAGCAUAGUGAUAGUACCUAAGUCAUUAAUGAUUACUGAAGAAAAUAUAACUUCUUCCCCAUUAAGAAAAUUGCAUGCUCAAGAUAUGAUGUUACGCAAUAUGCCCAAUGUUGCUUUAGCGAUAUUUAUAUUAGUAGAAUUAUUACGUAAUGAUAAAAAAAGUUUUUGGUAUCCUUAUUUAAGUACUUUACCAGAAUCAUAUUCAACUCCUGUUUAUUUUGAUGUACCUGAUCUUGAAGCAUUAAAGGGAUCACCAACUUUUGAAUCUGCAUUGAAGCUUAAUAGAAAUAUAGCACGCCAAUAUGCAUAUUUCAAAAAACUUUUUCAGUUAUCCAAUGAUCCAGCUAGUAUAAUUUUGAAAGAGUCAUUUACUUAUGAAUACUACAGGUGGGCCGUAUCAACAUUGAUGUCUCGUCAAAAUACCAUCCCAAGUUCUGAUAAUUCUUCAGAGACUGUUAAUGCGCUCAUACCACUUUGGGAUAUGUUCAAUCAUCAUAGUGGAAAUUUGUCUACCGAUUUCGUAAAGACAGAUAAUGUGUGCGUGUGCUAUGCCGACCGAGAUUAUUCAGCUGACGAACAAGUAUGUAUUUUUUACGGUGUGCGAACAAACGCGGAUUUUCUGGUGCACAAUGGAUUCGUAUACACUGACAACGAGCACGACGCCUUGAAAAUACGCUUAGGCGUGUCUAAGUCUGAUCCAUUGUACGGUCUCCGACUACAGUUGCUGCAGACCCUAUCAUUACCUGCUUUGGCCGAGUUUCCCCUGACAAACGGUUCUUGUCCUGUCGACGGCAAACUUUUGGCAUUCGUGCGCAUUUUUAAUAUGGACCAAAAAACUCUGGAAGAAUGGAAUAAGUUUGAAGAAAAGCGAUGUUUAGACUUAAUGCUGAUUGAUGGAUUAGGAUCCUUAGACAAAGCUUUUGAUAUCAAAUGCUGGCAGUUUUUUCAAGUUCGCUUGAGUUUAUUGAUGAAACAAUAUCCUCAAGUCGAAUCCAAGAAUAAACAACCAUCAAAGUUCCAACAGCUUGCUUACACAAUCAUUGAGCUGGAAAAAAAUAUUCUAAAAAAUACUUUAGAGUUUAUUCAAAAUCGUAUUAGCGUGUUGAGCUCGUGAAGAAUUUAGUUUUUCAUUUUUAUUCAAAUCCUUGUGUGAAUUAAAUAAAAGUUUUGUUUGUCUUCAUGCUAUAUUAUUGUAUGAAAUUAAGUUUUGUCUUCGGCUCAGUUCGAUGUAUUAUACUAACAAAAAACUUUGCUCACAGGCCUUUAUAAGGUGGUCCAGAUUUUUCUGAAUGUAGCAGUUAUUUAAAAAAAAAAAUAACUCAAAAUAUAAAUUGGAUGAAAGAGUUUAGAGCAUUCGAUUCAGUCUUUGUACCUUGCCAGAAUAAGUUGGAGCACCCGUAUUGUAUUAUUUUUACUAACUGUUGAUAUGAUAAAAAUGUUAAACUUUUAUUGAUAGCAAAUAUUGAUUAUUAACCUAAUUUUUAAUACUUGUAUAAACUAUUUUUUUCAAAUUUAUUAAAUUAUUUACCCGUUCAGAUAA